AUGGCAACGCCUGCAAACACCGCCGCAGAGGCCCGCGCUUCCGAGGAUGCGUAUUUCUCUCAAAAUCCCCCCCCGCGCAACCUGGCCGCCCACACGGCUCUCGCAGCCAGUUUCAUCUCGUCGCAUGCCGCUGCGGGCCGUCGUGUUGUCCUUAUUACCUCGGGCGGAACAACCGUUCCUCUGGAGAAGCAAACAGUGCGUUACAUCGACAACUUCAGUGCUGGUACCCGUGGCGCCACCAGUGCCGAGUACUUCCUCCAAGCCGGCUAUGCGGUUAUUUUCUUGCAUCGCCAGUUCAGUCUGCUUCCGUACUCGCGGCACUAUUCUCACGCCACGGAUUGUUUCCUGGACUUUUUGAGUGAGGAUUCGGAGGAUAGGAUUGGUGUGAGGGCCGAGGUGCAGGAUAAGAUGCGUGGGGUGCUGAGACAGUAUCGCAAGGCUAGAGACGACAACAUGCUCCUCACGAUACCCUUUGUUACCAUUGUCGACUAUCUUCAUGAGCUGCGUGAAAUCGCCCGUCUCAUGCGUCCUCUAGGACCAUCUGGCCUUCUCUAUCUCGCCGCUGCAGUCUCAGAUUUCUUUGUUCCUCCCGACAGGAUGGCCGAGCAUAAGAUCCAGUCUACCAAUGCCGUCGACCAGAAGCGGCCAGAGGAGGAGGAGACAUUUGACAACUUUGACUCAUCACCUUCUGUCCCACGCUCCAAGCGUCUUGUCAUUGACCUCGACCCUGUUCCCAAGUUCCUCAAGAACCUGGUCGACGGGUGGGCACCCGAGGGCAUGAUUGUCUCCUUCAAGCUAGAGACAGAUCCACCCCUGCUUGUUCGCAAAGCUCGCUACAGUCUUGACCGAUACCAGCAUCAUUUGGUCAUUGGAAACCUUCUAUCUACGCGAAAGUGGGAAGUCGUCUUCGUCAGCCCCGGGAGAGAUGAUCACUGGGUGCGUGUGCCGCGAGAGGGCGGCUGGGGAGAGGCCGAGAAGAGGCCGCUCGUUGCAGAGGAGUUGCCAAGUCAGGAUCCUGACGUUGAGAUCGAAUCUCUCAUUAUUCCCGCAGUGCAGGAGCUUCAUGGUGAGCAUAUAAAGGCACAGAAGUAA